CAGAUUCUUGACAUUCCUCCGCCCCAGGUUGGCUUGGGAAACAUGCUCCCUGAAGGAGGAGGAGGAGCCGAGGCCCAGGACUGGCAUUUGGACAUGCAGCUGACGGGCAAGGUGGUGCUGUCCGCGGCCACCCUGCUCCUGCUGACCGCAGCCUACCGGCUGUACAAGUCGAGGCCUGCCCGAGCCCCGCUGUGGGGCAGGAGCACCAAGGCCAAGGCCGAGGAGGAGACAGAAGGCUCCGGGCAGCCGGAAGCCCAGGGGGCUGCUCCCGGGGCACCCCAUCGGGGCCUGAGAUGCCGGAGCGGAAACAAGGGGCCUGGAGUACCGUUGGGCGGCAGCUGGGAGAAUCCGGGGGGCUCCCAGGUCCUGGGAACCCCUUCCAGCAACUUGGAAGCCAGAGAGACUUGGAAGCCCGAGAGGAAAGGAGCUGGUGAGGACGGGGGUGGGCGGUGCCUGGAGUCCGGCCUGGCACCUCCUCGCUGCAGUGGCCAGGACGCUGGAACAGCUGCUGGCGGUAAGCCCGAACUGCCCCACUGCCCCCCUCUGGGCAGUGAACCCAAAAGCUCCCCAGCUGUCCUGGCUGCGGUGGACGGAGGCAGUGUCGGGGGUGGGCCAGCUCCGUGGCAGGACGGUGGGCUCCCCGAGCAGCCAGGGGCUGGGGAGCAGGCAUCCCCCCUCCAGCCCUGGAUGGCCCACUGGGAAGGCAAGACUGACAUGAGCCAGAGCUGGGUCUUCACCCAUGUGCUGGGGGCCUGCAGGGAAGAGGUGGGAGCCCUCCAGGCCGCCUCCAACAUGGGCCUGGCCCUGCAUCAGCAGGAGGGGGCCACCAAUGCCUCCUACACCUUCUCCUCGGUGGCCCGGGUUCGAGUAGAGGCGAGUCUCCUACAGGAGAAGGUGGCGGGGAUGCGGCCCAGGCUGCAGGGCAAGGUGUACGAGUACUACGUGGAAUCUACAUCCCAGGCCACCUCCAGAGGUAGGGUGCCCCCCAGGACCGCGGCCCUGGCGAAGGCGCCACCUCCUCUGCCAGGACCCCUGGGGAGCCUCCUUCAGAUCGUGGACAACCCCGAGUUCCAGCUGCAGCUCCACGGUUUCGGGAGCCCCGCUCCAUCCGGCACAGACCAGACCGCCCCAUCCAGCUCCCCCAUAUCCGAGGAGCCUCUGGAGUCCAGCACAGCCGGGAGCAGCGGGGACCCCCACCUGGAGCUCGUGGCCGGGACCAACUUCUUCCACCUCCCUCUCACCCCAGGGUCAACCCCUGAUGUCCGCCUGGACCUGGGCAACUGCUAUGAGGUGCUGACCUUGGCCAAGAGGCAGAACCUGGAGGCGCUGAAGGAGGCCGCCUACAAGGUGAUGAGCGACAACUACCUCCAGGUCCUGCGCAGCCCGGACAUCUACGGGCGCCUGAGCGGGGCCGAGCGGGAGCUGGUCCUCCAGAGGCGGCUCAGGGGCCGCAAGCACCUGGUGGUGGCCGACGUGUGCCCCCAGGAAGACGCCGGCCGCCUCUGUUGCUAUGACGAUGAGCAGGACGCCUGGCACCUGCUGGCCCCGCUGCCCCCGGAGGCUGUGUCCCGCGGCUGUGCCAUCUGCAGUCUCUUCAAUUAUGUGUUCGUGGUGUCCGGGUGCCAGGGCUCCGGGUGCCGGCCCUCCAGCCGGGUCUUCUGCUACAACCCUCUGACGGGCAUCUGGAGCGAGGUGUGCCCGCUGAACCAAGCCCGGCCGCACUGCCGGCUGGUGGCCCUGGACGGCUUCCUGUACGCCAUCGGGGGCGAGUGCCUGAACACAGUGGAGCGCUACGACCCUCGCAUGGACCGCUGGGCCUUCGCCCCUCCCCUCCCCAAUGACACCUUCGCCCUGGCGCACACGGCCACGGCGUGCGCCGGGGACAUCUUCGUCACGGGCGGCACGCUGCGCUACCUGCUGCUCCGCUUCUCGGCCCCGGAGCAGCGCUGGCAGGUCGGGCCCACGGGGGGCGGCAAGGACCGCACGGCCGAGAUGGUGGCGGUCGAUGGCUUCCUCUACCGCUUCGACCUCAACCGCAGCCUGGGCAUCAGCGUGUACCGCUGCAGCGCCAGUGCCCGUCUCUGGUACGAGUGCGCCACGUACCGGAUGCCCUACCCGGACGCCUUCCAGUGCGCCGUGGUGGGCAGCCACGUCUACUGCGUGGGGCGCCGGCGCACGCUCCUCUUCCUGGCUGACAACAUCUCGCCCAGGUUUGUGCCCAAGGAGCUGCGCAGCUUCCCCUCCCCGCAGGGCACCCUCCUGCCCACCGUCCUGACCUUGCCCAGCCUCCAGGUGCCUCAGACCAGGGUCUAGCUGCCCCUCUGCUGGGCUCCUCCUGCCAAGCUGGAGGCAGAGAGCACCCCCUGCCCACCGCUCCAUGGGCCGUUUCUGGGAGGCCAGGCGGCCGGGAGCUUGGCUGCAGGAGGUGAAGUGCAGUCCUACCUCCCUCAGUGGCUGGGCUCCCAGAUGCUUUGGUGCCAGCGGGCUGCAGGGGGCGAGGGUGAGAUAGAGCUAGGGCCUGGUGCUCCAGGGCCUAGGGCAGCCACAUCUCCGGGAUGGCUUCCAGUCUGAAUUGGGGGGAUAGAAGUGGGGGGCUCCAGGACCCUAGCAAACUUUAGGGGCACAGCUUUAUCACAACCACGAUUCAGGUGCCAGUUGACCCCCAGUGACCCCUCAAGCUGACCCCGGCCCUCGUUACCUAGAGCAGGUGUGCUCCUCUCUCUGGAGCUGGGCCACCGAGGUAGGAGGAGAGGGCUCAGGGGGCCCGCAACGACCACCUGGGGGCAUGAUGGUCAGGUUCAGCUACAGGAGAGGCCAGGACAGUUCCUGUGCUGGAGGCGCCUGCCCAACAGGAGCUCACAUUGUAGUGGAGGAGAAUGGGCAAUUCUGAAAAAGAUACAUAAGUAAAUAGAAGCCAUGAUGGAUAUGAGCCACCGAGACAGCUAAGCAGGCGAGUGGGAUAGUGUGAGCAGCCUUCCUGAUCAGAUACACUGAGCAGAGACCUGAGUGCAAAUCCGGGGGCCUGCAAAGACCAGGUGGCUCAGGGCCCGGGAAGCCUGGCCUCGCACCUGGAGCCUUUGUCACAUGGGCGGGAGAGGCCGGUCCGCCUCCUAGGAGCUCCAUCUCGGGGUGAAUGGGGUGAACAGGGCCGGAGCCCAGCUAUUCUGCUGCAGCCCCUCACCUAACAGAGAGAAUCCUGUCCCGCUGAGGUGCCUUGCAUGGGUAGAAACUGCUUUCCCAGGAGAGAAGCCGUGUUCGCACAUUCAGAGAGGAGAGCCCAAAUAAUCACCAGGAUAUCCCGGCCACCGCGGCUGGGUGUGUGGCUGGGGGUCAGGCGGCCCACGUGACACCAUGGGCUCAGGGUCAAGGGUUUCCACCUGACCUUGGUGAGUAGCGGGUCUGCCCACCUGCGGCCCUCAGCCUCAGAGUGGCCUGUUUGUCAAAGAAAGCUUGUGCCUGGGCCAUCUGCUUUCCCAAUAAGAGUUCUUUCUUCUUCAGGGAAAAUAAAAAAAGAGAAUCUUAAGUUUGGGUUGCUUUUUACAUUAGGCCAACCGUGCCGUUAUAGAAAAAUUGGAAAAGAGAGAAAAGUAUGAACAAAUUUCCCCAAUGAACCCCUGCUGCGACACGGGUCUCUCCGGCCUGUCCCUUCUGCGUGCGAUUUCGGUCGGGCUUGAUUCUGGCGCAGGUGUGAUUAUGCUGAAUUUACAAUUCGGUCCUGCUUCCUUUUGGCACCUCACUUUCGAAAAUAAGCAUUUUCCCGUGUUAUUACAAACGCUCGGUAAACAUCAUUUCCAUCGUUGCACAAUAUUCCACCCACUGGCUGCAGCACGGUUUAUUUAAGAUCCCUCCCCAGCCCGCCUCCCCCGUUGGGCUUGUAGAUUUUUUUUUCUGUUGGUUUCUUUUUCCAUCAUAAAUAAAACGUCCCUUGUUUUCCUGU